CCUAACCAGAGUAAUUACAAUCCCAACAAGAAGUCUGUCUUUAGAUCUGCUUAUUUCAGGACUUCAUUCUGCAUUUAUAUCCCGGCAGCUAAGUGGCUAGUUUACUAGCUCUUCUUUUCUCACGCACUACAACCUGCCUUUAAUCAGCUGCGUUGAGUCACGGUUCCGAAAGGGUUCUACUACGCGGCCUGACUCCUGAGUGGGACCAGGACACGCAGGGGAACAGAGUCACUGGAGCGAAGUUGUCAUUGUGGUCCUACAAGCUGCUGGCCAUGGAGCUUCUGAUGGAUCGCCUGGAGACUGCGGUGUGGCGACUGGAGCAGGUGACGGCGUCCCGGGUCCUGACUGAUGGCGACCACGUCAACGGCAUCGAUGGAGCUGUGUGCGAGGGUGCGGACGCCUUCGACGCGCUCCUCAGAGGUCCGCUGGCAGAAUACCUCAACAUCAGCCGAGCCAUCGGGAGCCAAGUGGAGAAACAUGCGGAGAUGGUCAACAAAGCCCUGGAGACUCAGAAGACCUUCCUCAAAAUGGCGUCAACACACCAGGAACCUGCGCAGAUGGAACUUCGCGACCUCCUCAAGCCCAUCUCCGACCACAUCCAGGAGAUCCAGAGCUUCAGAGAGCGAAACCGGGGCAGCGAGCUCUUCAAUCACAUGUCGGCCGUCAGCGAGAGCAUCCCCGCCCUGGGCUGGGUGGCCGUGAAGCAGAAGCCGGGUCCUUUUGUCAAGGAGAUGAACGACGCCGCCAUCUUCUACACCAACAGAGUGCUGAAGGACUACAAAGAAACUGACCGUCGCCAUGUGGACUGGGUGCGCUCUUACCUGUCCAUCUGGACUCACAUGCAGACCUUCAUCAAGCAGCAGCACCCUGUAGGACUCGUGUGGAGCAAGACUGGUCCUAUUGCUCCUCCUUCUCUCUUUGAGGCCCUCAGUGCUCCUCCUCCCCCUCCCCCUCCACCACCCCCUCCCCCGGCCUUGGGUGAAGACCCCCGGGACGUCUCCUCAGCAUCAUCUGCCCAGCACUCUGCUCUCUUCGCUCAGCUCAACCAGGGAUUGGACAUCACCAAAGGUCUGAAACACGUCCCGGACCAGCAGAAGACGCACAAGAACCCCCACCUGCGCUGCCAGGAGGCACCUGGGGGCCACGGUGCCAAAGCGGACCCCAAGAAGUCCCCCGGGAAGAGCGGCCCCCAGAAGAAGCUCCCCAUGAUGGAGCUGAAGGGCAAGAAGUGGAUGGUGGAACACUUUGAGGAGAGACCAGACCUGCUGAUCGAGGACACGGAGCUCAAACAGGUGGUCUAUGUCUUCGGCUGCAACAACUCCACUCUGCACAUUAAAGGGAAGAUCAACUCCAUCGUCAUAGAUAAGUGCCAGAAGAUGGGCGUGGUCUUUGAGAAGGUUGUGGGCAUUGUGGAGGUGAUUAAUUCCAAGGCUGUGCAGUUACAGGUGUUGGGCACAGUGCCAACCAUUUCCAUCAACAAGACAGAGGGUUGCCAGGUGUACCUGAGCCGGGAUGCCUUGCAGUGUCAUGUGGUUAGUGCCACCAGCUCAGAGAUGAACAUCCUGGUGCCACAAGGAGACGACGACUACAAAGAGUUUCCAGUUCCAGAACAGUUCCGAACCGUCUGGGAUGGAAACAAGCUGGUGACAGAACCUGCUGAGAUUGCAGCUUGACCAAGUCAUGUGACCGCCGGUGGUGCAUCAUGUGACCCCCGAUGGCGCAUCAUGUGACCACCGAUGGCGCAUCAUGUGACCACCGAUGGCGCAUCAUGUGACCACCGAUGGCGCAUCAUGUGACCACUGUUGGCGCAUCAUGUGACCACUGUUGGCGCAUCAUGUGACCACCGUUGGCGCAUCAUGUGACCACCGUUGGCGCAUCAUGUGACCACCGUUGGCGCAUCAUGUGACCACCGUUGGCGCAUCAUGUGACCACCGUUGGCGCAUCAUGUGACCACCGUUGGCGCAUCAUGUGACCACCGUUGGCGCAUCAUGUGACCACCGUUGGCGCAUCAUGUGACCACCGGUGGCGCAUCAUGUGACCACCGGUGGCGCAUCAUGUGACCACCGGUGGCGCAUCAUGUGACCACCGGUGGCGCAUCAUGUGACCACCGGUGGCUCAUCAUGUGACCACCGGUGGCUCAUCAUGUGACCACCGGUGGCACAUCAUGUGACCACCGUUGGCACAUCAUGUGACCACCGUUGGCACAUCAUGUGACCACCGAUCAAUAACAUCAUACAUAGACCGCAUUAUUUCAUGACCUUUUAUUUGGCCCUACUUUAUUAUCAUUAUUAAUAUUAUCAUCAUUUCAUUAUGGGGUAGGACAAAAAAUAAUUUAUUUCAAAAUGCAAUCAAUUAUUUUUUCCCCUCAAAAUUCUCCACAAAAUACCCCUUAAUGACAAUGUGAAUACGCUUUCUAUUUUAACAAAUGAAUCAAUUGUAUUAAUAAAAAUGUGUUAAUACUUAUUUA